AUGGCCGCCGGCGGCGGAGAUGCUUCAGCGGCUGCAGUGGAGGCUCUGGAGCGCCGACUCGAGCAGCAUCUUGACGAGAAGCUGAGCCCGCUACGAGAGCAGCUGUCUCUCCUCGAUGCGCCCGAGAAGAUCACGGCGGAGGAGAAGAUGGACAAAGGUCUGCUGGAGCAGGUUCACAAGGAUCUUCUCUUCGGCUCGCCAGCGUCGCCCAGUGCGCAGGAGGAGGCACCUGAUCCACUCGCACUCAUCAACGCCACCAUCGCCUCGCGCGGGACCGAGGCUCCGUCGGCUCCCUCCUCGCCGAAGCGCGACAGCACAUCGUCGCAAGUCUCCGCGCUGCACACGAAGCUGCAAGCCCAUGCAGCGCAACAGGAUGACCGUGCGCUGCGACUCGAGCAGGAGAUGAAACUGCUGCAACAGAAGUUUUUCGAGAAUGCGGCAGCUCAGGCGACUGCAGCGAGUGGAGGCUCCGCUGGCAACGAAGCUGCGUCGGCCUUGGCGACCACCCUCUCGCACCAUGAUGAGGAGCUGAAGAACUUGGCGGCGAGCGUGCAGGGGCUGCAGGCGACCGUCGCACGCACGGCGCCCGCCGGAGAGGCUGCAGCAGCUUUAGCAGCUCCAGCCACCUCGUCAUCAGUGACUCCUGCGACGGCUGCUGCUGAUGCCGAUGUCAAAGCACUUCAGGCUCGGCUCGAUUCGCUGCAACGGCGGUUCGAGGCGCAGCCAGUACCCGCUGCGCCGUCACCGGGCACGAACGACGAAACGGGACCACUGACGGCUGCAGAGGGUGCAAGCGAUCCUCGGGCACAGGUCUCAACAGCUGACAGCGACGCGAGGGCCGGCGAGGCUCUCCAACGUGCGGCAGAGGCAGAGAAGCGGGUCCUGAAACUGGCCGAGGAGGUGAGCAGCUUCGCGGAGCGUUUGGAGAGGCUGCGCAAGAGCCAGGAGGACAUCCUAAAGUCGCUGAAGGCGGAAGAUGCAGCGGGGAAAGGACCAGUUGUGGCAGAGGACUCGAGCGCCGGUCCUGCGGCCGCAGAAGAUGUGACACAAAGCCACGCCGAGACUGAGCAGGUCCUUCCUUCCAGCGCCGGGUCGCCUCCUGAUCAUGACCAGGAUCGCGAUCAAGCAGUUUCUUCAGUCGAAGCUCCAGCUCCUGCUCUGCAAGCAGAGCUGCAAGCCUUGGCUGCGCAGCAGGACGAUCGUGCGCAGCGGAUGGAGCAGGAGAUGAAACUGCUGGAACAGGAGAUGAAGUCGCUGCAGCAGAAGUUUUUCGAGAAUGUGGCGGCUCAAGUGACUGCGGGCAGUGGAGGCUCCGCUGGCAACGAAGCUGCAUCGGCUCUGGCGACCACGCUCUCGCACCAUGAUGAGGAGCUGAAGAACCUGGCGGCGAGCGUGCAGGGGCUGCAGGCGGCUAUCUCUGCCCACUCGGUGCCCGCAACGGAGGCUGCAGCAGCUCCAGCGACUUUGCCGUCGUCAGUUGCGACGCCCGCGACGGCGGCUGCUGACGACAACGUCAACGAACUUCAGGCCAGCGUGGCCCCUGGUGCAGUUGCAGAUGCGGCAGGACAGCAGCCAGUCGCGGAGGUCUCACGUGAUCUUCCCCCUCAGGCCUCAACGGCAGCCGUUGAAGCGAGGGCCGGAGAGGCUCUCCAACGUGUGGCCGAGGCCGAAAGACGAAUCCUGCAACUCGCGGGUGAGGUGGAGUCGGGCCAGCAGCUGCAACAGGAGGUGGAGCGUGUGUCGGCUUCCAUGACAGAUCUGCGUGAAAAAGUGGAGUCGGGCCAGCAGCUGCAACAGGAGGUGGAGCGUGUGUCGGCUUCCCUGACGGAGCUGCGUGAAAAAGUAGAGUCGGGCCAGCAGCUCCAGCAGGAGGUGGAGCGUGUGUCGGCUUCCCUCGCGGAUCUGCGUGAAAAAGUUGAGGACGAUUCCUUGCAACAAGAGGUGAUGAGCUUGAAGGGCGCGGUGGAAGCGAGCUUGGAGCGACCCAAGAGCAGCGCGGCCUUGAAGCAGGAGGUGAGCAAAUUCGCCGAGUCCUUGGAGAAUCUGCGCUUCCGCCAGGAUGACUUCCUUGUCCAGCUGAAGGCGGCCAAGGCAGCAUUGAAUGAGCUGCCAGCGCUGAAGGAGGAGCUACGAUCCGGCCGGGAGGCCACGGAUAGCUUGGCGCAGAGCUUCUUAAAAACAAAGGAGGCCACGUCCACGGAGCUGCACCAGCUGACCAACCGAUUCAACCAGCUGGAAGAGAAGAGGUUAAAGCAGCUCGGCAUGGACGUUCAGGCGCUUCAGGGAGCAUUGGUUCACGUGCAGACCGAGCUGCAGAAGGAGGUGGUGAUCCCAGACCACAUCCUCCGUGAGAUUGACGCAAAGUCUGAAGCUAGACAGGAAGCCAUGUGGGCUGAGCUGCACAAGCACGCGGAGACCGCCGCACAUCGAGCGGACCAGCUCGAACGCAGUCUCUCGAGUCGAUUGGUCAGCCUCGAGCAUUCCACCAACGCCCUGCUGCAGAAUGAGGCACACUCCCGCGAGAUGGAGCGUGAGAUGGCGAAGCAGUCGGAGUGGUUUGCUUGGCGUAUCGCUUGGUUGGAAUGGGCGACGACCGGAGAAAAGCGAAGCUUCGCACGGCCUCUGCUUCCGCCGCCGGCCACCCCAGCUGCGACUUGCUUUAAGCAGCCGAUGACGGAGGACUCCGAGCUCUGGGCGCAGGAGAAGACAGGGCGCCAGCGCCUGCGGCGGGCGCCGCUCGUCCGCCUCCCAUCGGCAGGCCCUGCCAACGCACAGAGGUUGUUGCAGACAGAUGCGAGCCCAGCGUCCGCCAAGACUUUGGCUACAUCCUCCUCCGCCCCGGAUCUGGUGGUCGGGCCCGCCAGCGCAGGCGAGACGGGCCUUCGGCUUCCUCAGCUUGGCUGA